AUGACUAGCCAUGUGUGGAGCUGCUGCUUUGGGGGAUUUGGUCCUUGUAAAGUAGCCUUUCUUACCACUCUUCUCCUUUGUUCUUUCCUCUCACUGUACGAUGAGACCAGAUGGGUGUUGCUUCAAAGGAGAGUUGGACAUCUAGAGAAACCAUUUCGGAUCUCACUGGAGUAUGUUGCUAAUGGGAACAAGAGCGUAGCGGCUGUGGAUUCCUUUGCAAUGAAGAACUGCAGUACAGGAUCUGCUUCUGGCUCAAAAAUGGCUCUGGAGGGUUCCUUCAGCUGCUGGAACGGAACGGCAAUCAGGCUGGGGCAGGCGUGUGACUUCUUCAGGGACUGCGCCGAGGGAGAAGAUGAGGGAGAUAUGUGCAAAAAGCUUCCCUCUGGCUUUUACUGUUCAUUUGAAGAAGGGGACUGUGGCUGGAUGCAGGGCUCCUCUGCAUCCCAUCCUUCUCCAUGGCGGAUUGGAAGCCCAGAGCACAGCCGUUUUCCUUUAGUAGAAGGUUGUGCACUCCUUCUUAACACCAGCAAAGCACCAGCAGUAGCAAACGCUGUCAUGACCAGCACUGCAUUUCCAGCUCCUUUGAGGAACUCCCCCUGCAAGCUACAAAUGUCAUGGCUCAUCCAUGGUUUCUUGCUGGGAAAUAUAUCCCUGGUGCUGGUCGAGAACAAGACAGGAAAGGAACAGAGCCGGCCAUUCUGGCAUUCAGAUAACAGCGAAGGUUUGGGGAUAUGGCAGUGGAUGGUAUUACCUCUCCCAGAUAUACUGGAUAGGUUUUGGUUUCAGUUCAUCGCUUCAUGGGAAGAAGGAUCUGAUGCCAUUAUUGCUUUUGACAAUGUCUCCCUUAGUCUGGACUGUUACUUAACAAAUCACUGGUUAUUCACAACAUGUGGUGCCAGCGGACCCUAUGGCCCCACGCAGAGCCAAUGCAAUGAUGCCUACAGGAACUCCAACCUCAGUGUGAUUGUAGGAGCUGAAGGGAUUCUCCAAGGCAUUCAGAUCUGGAGAGUACCAGCAACCAACACAUACAGUAUCUCAGGCUAUGGAGCUGCUGGUGGGAAAGGAGGGAAGAACACCAUGGUGCGGUCUCACGGCGUGUCUGUGCUGGGAAUUUUUGACCUCCAGAAGGAUGAUACUUUGUAUAUCUUGGUGGGACAGCAAGGAGAAGAUGCUUGUCCUAGCACUAAUGAUGUUAUACAGAAAGUCUGCAUUGGAGAGAACAAUGUGAUUGAAGAAGAGAUCCGUGUGAACAGAAGUGUCAAUGAAUGGGCAGGAGGAGGUGGAGGCGGGGGAGGUGCAACUUACAUAUUUAAGAUGGAGAAUGGAGAACCGGUCCCCUUGAUAAUUGCAGCAGGAGGUGGUGGCAGGGCCUACAGGGCCAAAACAGACACAUUUCAUCCAGAAAGGCUGGAGAAUGAUUCCUCUAUUCCAGGGCUGAAUGGAAAUUCAGGAGCUGCAGGUGGUGGAGGUGGCUGGAAUGAUAACACUUCCUUCCUGUGGUCAGGAAAAUCCUUGCUGGAAGGUGCUACUGGAGGAAGAUCCUGCCCCCAGGCCAUGAAGAAGUGGGGGUGGGAGACAAGAGGGGGUUUCGGAGGGGGUGGAGGGGGGUGCUCCUCAGGUGGAGGAGGCGGAGGAUAUAUAGGUGGCAAUGCUGCAGUGGACAAUGACCCAGAGAUGGAUGGGGAGGAUGGUGUGUCCUUUAUUAAUCCAAUUGGUACUUUAUACACUCCAGCGCUUAAAGUGACAGAGGGGCACGGAGAGGUGGAUAUUAGGCUGCAUCUUAACUGCAGUCACUGUGAGAUGGACGAGUGCCGCGUUGAUCUUGAGACUCAAAAAGUCAUUUGCUUUUGUGAGCCAGGCACAGAGUUGGCUGAGGAUGGUGUGUCUUGCAUAGCUGAGCCAGUGAUUCAUCUCCCUCUCUCCUUGGUCUUGUCUGUAGUGACUUCAGCAUUGGUGGCUGCUUUAAUUUUGGCUUUUUCAGGAAUCAUGAUAGUGUAUCGUCGGAAGCACCAGGAGCUACAAGCCAUGCAGAUGGAGUUACAGAGCCCAGAAUAUAAGCUGAGCAAACUGCGUACCUCCACUAUCAUGACAGACUACAAUCCCAACUACUGCUUUGCAGGAAAGACCACAUCCAUUAGUGACCUCAAAGAGGUGCCUCGAAAAAACAUCUCCCUCAUCCGGGGUUUGGGCCACGGAGCCUUUGGUGAGGUAUAUGAAGGUCAGGUGGCAGGGAUUCCCAGCGACCCCACUCCCUUGCAGGUGGCUGUGAAAACGUUGCCAGAAGUGUGUUCAGAGCAAGACGAGCUGGACUUCCUCAUGGAAGCUCUCAUUAUUAGCAAGUUCAACCACCAGAAUAUUGUGCGCUGUAUCGGAGUGAGCUUGCAGGCACUGCCCCGUUUCAUCCUGCUAGAGCUCAUGGCUGGAGGUGACCUGAAAUCAUUCCUGAGAGAGACACGGCCUAGACCGAAUCAGCCCUCCUCCCUUUCCAUGCUGGACUUGCUCCAUGUGGCUCGUGACAUUGCUUGUGGGUGUCAGUACCUGGAGGAGAACCACUUCAUUCACAGGGAUAUUGCUGCCAGGAACUGCCUUCUUACCUGUCGAGGGCCUGGGAGAGUGGCUAAAAUUGGAGACUUUGGAAUGGCCCGGGAUAUAUACAGAGCCAGCUACUAUCGGAAGGGUGGGUGUGCAAUGUUGCCCGUCAAAUGGAUGCCUCCUGAGGCUUUCAUGGAAGGGAUAUUUACAUCAAAAACAGACACAUGGUCCUUUGGCGUAUUGCUGUGGGAGAUAUUCUCUUUGGGAUACAUGCCCUACCCCAGCAAAAGUAACCAGGAGGUUCUGGAGUUUGUAACCAAUGGAGGAAGGAUGGAUCCACCUAAAAACUGCCCUGGCCCUGUUUACCGCAUUAUGACCCAGUGUUGGCAGCACCAGCCCGAAGACCGGCCAAAUUUUGCCAUAAUCUUGGAGAGGAUCGAGUACUGCACUCAGGAUCCAGAUGUCAUCAACACUGCUUUGCCAGUAGAAUAUGGCCCAUCAGCUGAGGAGGAGGAGAAGGUAGCGAUGCGCCCCGACGAUCCAGAAGGAAUUCCUCCUCUCUUGGUCUCCACGCACCAAGACAGAAAGGAUGACAAGCAAACUCUGCCAUCUCCAGCACCCCUGCCGUCAGCCAUCACUGCUGGAAAACCUCUAGGGAAAGCGGGAGCCUUGGAACCACCAGUGCCAGGGAAGGCGCAGUCAGGCUCCGCAGGAGGACACAUCAACAUGGCCUAUGCCCAGUCCAAUCCCCCUUCUGAGCUGCACAAAAGCCGGGGCUCCAGAAACAAGCCCACCAACCUCUGGAAUCCAACCUAUGGUUCCUGGUUUGCGGAGAAGCAGGCCAGCAAAAACAGUUCUCUGCUGGAGAAGGAGAUGCCCGAGAGGGAGAAUUUGGGACAGGAAGGAAACUGUACUGUGGGGCCCAACAUUGUGACUGGCAGGCUGCCAGGCUCCUCCCUGCUAUUAGAGCCAUCGUCCCUAACAGCAAGUGUUAAAGAAGUGCCUCUCUUUAGGCUCCGCCACUUCCCCUGUGGGAACGUCAACUAUGGAUACCAACAGCAGGGCUUACCCUUGGAAGCCUCCACGCCACCCUGCGCUAGCAGUUACGAGGACCCCGUCCUUAGAAACAAGAGCCACGUAACCCAGCAGGGGCCGUGA